AUGGAGAAAACCAACGCCAACGAAACGGCCGAACUCAUUUUUCAGGUAAAAAAUAUUUUUUUUGGAAGCUUGGUUUAGGCUUAGGUUUAGUGGACUUGAGAUUAGUGGGUAUAGACUUAGUUAGGUUAUGCUUUGUAGGUUUAGACUUGCUAUGUUAACGGUUUAGGCUUAUCAGUCUUAUGUUUAGGCUUAUUAGGCUUAGGCUUAAUAGGCUUAGGCUUAGGCUUAGUAGGCUUAGGUUUAGUAGGUUUAGGCUUAGUAGACUUAGGCUUAGUAGGCUUAGACUUAGCAGGCUUAGGCUUAGUAGGCUUAAGCUUAGUAGGCUUAGGCUUAUAUAGUAGGCUUAGGCUUAGUGGGCUUAGAAAUAGCUGGGUUAGGGGUUCAGUAGGCUUAGGUUUAGUAUGCAUUUGCUUAGGAUUAGUAUCCUUAUGCUUGGUACUAGGAGGCUUAAGAUUACUAGGCUUAUCUAAACUUAUUUUAAACUCCAAAAAAUUUUACUAAAUUUUAGGCAAUACACUACCGCAACUCGGACUUGUUAUUAGACCUAGCGCAGGCAAAUCAGUCCAUUUUGGGUCAUAUCCGAGCUUCAGACGGUCGAACUCCGCUUCACUUUGCGGCCAUUAAUGGCAUUACUGAUUGUGUCAAUGUUCUUUGUAAAUAUGGUAUGUUAAAUAACAGGAACUUUCUUUACAAACUUAUUUUUUGAAUAAAGCGCAAGAACUUUCUUUACAAAAUUUUUUUAUAGAAAAACUGCAAGAACUUUCUUUACAAAUUUUUUUUUAAACCGCAAGAACUUUCUUUACAAAACUUCAACUUUUGAAAAACCGCAAGAACUUUUUUUACAAAAACUCAAUUUUUGAAAAACCGCAAGAACUUUCUUUACAAAGCCUUAUUUUUUAGUCGAUGUAGACGCAGUGACAUCAGUUGAUGAAGACCUCAAAACGGCCUUAUUAUUAGCCGCUCAGUCUGGCCAUGUCGAUACGGUGCGAGCUUUAAUUCAAAAUGGAGCAGAUCCAUUUUACUGUGAUGCCAACGGGUAUUCAGCGUUACAAUUGGCUCAUCUCAAUAAUCAUGGAAAGGUGGCGGAGGUGCUGUUUGAAAGCAUUGGUAAGUUAUAUUAUAGUUUUUUUAUUGGGUUUAGGCUUAGAUUAUACUUCUUCUUAGGCUUAGUCUUAGGUUUAGUCUUAGGUUUAGUCUUAGGUUUAGUCUUAGGUUUAGGCUUAGGCAUAGGCUUAGGAUUGGGCUUUGUGCUUAGGCUUAACUUGAAGUUUUAGUUUAGAUUUAGAUUUCUGAUUUGACGUAUAUUUAGGCUUAUAAAUAGACUUAUGCUUAUUUUAAGUUUACGUACUUUAGGCUUACAUUUGUGUUAGGCUUAUUAUAAGCUUAUAUUACUUUAAUUUUUUAACUUUUUUAGAUAACAUUAAAAAAGAAUCAGAUCGGAUAAACAAAGAGCUUUGUAAGGCCGUAGAAGCCAAUGAAUUCGAUAGAGUAUUGGAUUUACUAUCACAAUCGACCAGUUACACCCAAAGAGACAUUUUGACGAGUGGGAAGAGCGGCGAAAAGGCUCCAUUGUACAUGUAAGUACCUAUUUUUAAAGCUGCAAAAACUUUCUUUACAAAAAUUUUGAAAGAUUUAUUACGGUAGGGCUAGGGGUAAGGUAAAGGUCGGUACUGAUAUUACUAGUACUUUUAGUAUUAGCAAGAGUAGGAGUAUGGGUAAGAGUAGUGCUGCGUACGAGUAUGAUUAGUACCAUUAGUACCGGUAAGUGUAGGGGUAGAAAUAAGGGAAGAAGUAGGGUUGGGUAGGGGUAUCACUAGUACUAUUAGUACCAGUAAGGGUAGGGGUAGGUAGGGGUAUCACUGGUAUUAUUAGUACCAGUAAGAGUAGGAGUAGGUAGGGGUAUCACUAGUACUACUAGUACUAGUAAGAGUAGGGUUAGUUAGUGGUAUUACUAGUACUGUCAUUAGCAGGAAGAGUAGGGAUAGGUAGACGUAUUACUAGUACCAAUAGUACCUGUAAGAGUAGGGAUAGGAUUAAGGGUAGGAGUGGGACUGGGUAGAGGUACUACUAGUACCAAUAGUACCUGUAAAAGGGUUAGGGGUAAGGGUGAGACUAGAAGAGAGCAAGGGUACCAAUACUACUAUUAGUACCAGUAAGAGUAGGGAUAUGAAUAAGAGUAAGGUUGGACCGAGGUACCACUGGUAUCAUUAGCAUCAGUAAGAGUAGGGCUGGUUAAGUGUACCGUUAGUACCAAUAAGGGCAGGGGUAGGGGGUAAGGGUCGGGGUGGAGUAGAUUAGUGGCAGUUUGUUUACACCUGCCAUUUCAGAGCGUGUGAAAAGGGAUUCUGUGGAAUAAUCGGAGCGCUGAUGUCAAUUGAAGGCCACACUUUAAUCGACCCACCGACCGGUAAUACCUUACUUCAUGCAGUAAUACAAUCAGGCGAUUUGGAAGCAACCAAACUUGUCCUAGAACAAUAUGCUGAUCAAAUGGAUGUGAUCAACAACUCGAAAGAACUUCCUUUUCAUUUCGCUUGCAGUCAUGGCAAUGUUGACAUUGUCAAUUUGUAAGUUUAGAAUUUAAAAAAUUUUGAAAUUUAAAAACAAAUGAAAAAUUCUUUUUAGUAAUUGUAAGCUUACGUUGAGGCUUAGGACAGGCUUGACCUUAGAUUUAGAGUUAAGUUUAGUAGGUUUAUUCUUGAGUUAAGGAUUAGUAGGCUUAGGCUGUGUAGGCUUAGUCUUAGGAGGAUUACUACUGAACAUAGGCUUAGUAGGCUUAGAAGGGUAGGCUUAGUAGUUCGUUGAGGCUUAACCUUAUUAGACUUAAGGCUUAAUGGGCUUUCGUUUUUGGUUUGGGCUUAGUAGGCUUAGGCUUCGUAGGCUUAGUAGGCGUAUGCUUAGUAGGCUUAGGUUUAGUACUCUUAGGCUUAGUAGGGUCAGGCUUAGUAGGUUUAGGCUUAGUAGGGUCAGGCUUAGUAGGCUUAGGCUUAGUAGGCUUAGGCUUAGUAGGCUUAGGCUUAGUAGGCUUAGGCUUAGUAGGCUUAGGCUUAUUAGGUUUACGCUUGGUAGGUUUGGGCUUAGUAGGUAGUGACCUGAGGCUUAGCGUUAGUUAACUUAUGCUUAAUAGGUUUAGGCUUAGUAGCCUUAGGCUUAGUUGGCAAAGGCUUUGUUUAAACGUAAGGUUAUACAAGGUUUUGACAUACUUUAGAUAUAAGACUAAUUUUUAGAAAAAUCAAAAAUUUGAUAUUUUAGAUUGCUGACAUUUGAAUACAAGCCAAAUCUGAUCAACCUUUUCGAAAAAACUGUCAACGGCUUAUCAUACGAGUUCGUCUGUGACCUAAACGCUUCUGAUUCGCAUUGUAGAACGGCGUUUCAUCUGGCCGUGGAGAAUGGCCAUGAACAAGUCGUGGAGGCAUUGGUUGAGGUAAAAAGUUUAAAAUUUUGAAAUUUUAUGUUAUUCGGUCGAUUUUUUGAAUUUUUAAAAUAGAGUUUUGAAAAAGUAGAAUUAGUUCGGGCACAAUGCUGUAAAGUAAUAUUGUUUUAGUUCAAGACACAACUGUAUCGCCAGAAUGAAUUGGGAGAAAUGGAGCCACUUCAACAUGGAUCACCCUUCCUUCUGGAUACAUAUGCUGUGAAUGGUCGAACACCACUCAUGACUGGCGUUUGUAAUCAAAAUGAAAAUAUUGUGGAGUAAGUAAAUGUAUUUCAUUUUAAACUUUGAAAUGAGGUAGGGGUAGAGAUAGGGCCGGGACUUUUGGUCGGGAAGGGGGGGGGGGGGGGCGGGGAUCGAAAAAAUCAACACAGGUAUAUUGUCCUAGAUCUGUGCUAAUUUUUAGCAAAAAAUUUUUUUGAAAAAUCCACAAGGGGGGAGGAUCACGUUUAACUUUUUUGCUAAAUGUGGGCUCGAUAGGUUCUCGCUGGAAAGGAGUAUAUGUAAAUAGGUUUUGAUAGGCUUAAUGUUUUUCGGAUUGGGUUUAGACUUAGGCUAAGGCUCAAAGUAUAGACUUUAGAUUUUAAGGAUUAAGGCCUGGGCUUAGUAGACUAAGGCUUAGUAGGCUUAGGCUUAGUAGGCUUAGGCUUAGUAGGCUUAGGCUUAGUAGGCUUAGGCUUAGUAGGCUUAGGCUUAGUAGGCUUAGGCUUAGUAGGUUUAGGCUUUUUAUGCUAAGGCUUAGGGUUGGUAGGCUUAGGCUUAAAGUUUUUACGCUUGAGAUUAUUAGGUUUAGUCGUAGGAUCAAAAAGUGUAGGCUUAUUAAGCUAAAACUUUAAGAGAAUAUUAGUUUUUAGGCUUGUAUUUAAUAGGCUUAGCAGGUUUCUAACAAUAAUAACGCUAAAGCAUUUAAAAAAUUAUGUAAUUUACGGUUUAAAAAAUCGAAAUUGCUUUUUAAAAUGGCCGUUUCUAAACAUUUUUAAAAUGAAUGAGAAAAUAAAUGUUUAUUGUUCAAGCCGGCCAGCCUUUAUUUGCUCAAAAUAUUGUAUUCGAACCUGAAAUCUGGCUGUUUUUAUUGUUUUUUAAUAACAAACUGCUCAUAAGCUCAUAUCCUUACAUUUUUACUAUCUAUUGUGUAGUAUUUCACUAAAAAUUUUAUAAUUUUUCACCACCAGUUGUGUAACAUUGAAGUAAUUGCUAAAAUUUGAUAAAUUCAAUGCCUUGAUCAAGGUGUUAUAGACUUUUUUUGAGCAGUUUAAGCCUAAUUUAUGAAAGAAACGUGUAGAAUAUUGGCUUAAAUGUGAAUGUUUAGUGUUCACAACCUUGUUCAAGGCAUAAAGUAAGCUGGGGUAAUAAUUUGGGGGUGGUUUUCUUAAAUUUUUUUGAAAAGUUUUUGGUUUUCAGGUAACAGGCUAAUCAAAAACAGACUGGAAUUUUAAUUUUUUAGGUAACUAUUUGAGAAAAAACGGCUAGGAUAUUGAUUUUUUGAUAACAAUUUGAAAAAAACGGCUAGGAUAUUGAUUUUUAAGUAAUAAAUUGAUGAAAAAAAGGCUAGAAUUUAGGUUUUUAGGUAACAAAUUUUUUGGAAAAAUGUAAUUUUGAAUUUUAGGUAAUAAACUAAUGAAAAGACGAAAAAAAAGUUUAUUUUUAGAUGACAGGUCUUUUUAAAAAACAUAAAAAAAUAUUUUUUAGGUAAUCAAUUUCAGGAAAAAUGAAAAAAAAAACGUUUUUUAGGUAACAAUCUUUUGGGAAAGUUCCAAAAUUUUGAAUUUUAGGCAAUAACUUAAUGAUAACACGCAAAAAAUAAUUUUUAGGUAACAAGUUCACAUGAGAAUGAAAAAAAUGCUAAUUUUAGCAAAAUUUUAAAUUUUUAGGUAACAAAUUUAACAAAAAAACCGUUUAAUGACAACCAUUCCAGGGUACUACUCGAAAACGGUGCGGAUGUGAACCUGCCCAUAGCCAUAACUGACAUUGAGAUCGCCAAUCUGAGAGCGGAUGAAGCUCGUUGUGUUGGUUCAGGCGCUCUAAUUGAAGCAGCUCAGUCCAAAAAUGUCGAACUGGUCAAGAGGUUGUUCUUUCAUGGUGCUGUUGAUUACGAUAAUCAGGCGUUACGGUAGGUUUUAUAAGUUUUUACUGGCCUUACCAUACAUAUUUGAUUAAUAAACCGUGUAACAGAACUUUUUGCGCCCCCUGUAUACUCCGAGGUACCCUAAAGUAUGGUAGAUUAGGGUACAGUAGGGUAUAAGGUAGGCUAGAGUAAAAACUCAAAUCAAAAAAUUUCAGCCAAGCCUCAAAACAGUCCAACUCACCUCUACUGACCGUCUUCCUCGAACAACUGACAUUCACCGACCCAGAGAAUCGAAUUCAUCUACCAAAAACCGGCUUUUCAGCCAUAGACCGACUAAAAGCCAUGGAUUUACUGCCCGUUCUUCGUCCCAACGUUCCAUGUCGUCUGGACUGGCAAAAUGCUGGCCUAGAACGACUGGGUGUGGAAUUUAUGAUGGCGGCGGCUUUAAGAUUCAACCCCCGAGUUCGAAAUUUAAAAAUGGCACUAGCCGCCAUAACUCGAAUCGACCUGGCUGAUAAUUCGUUAACCGAAUUGCCUGAGGAGUUGUUUCAGCUUAGUUCGAUUAAAAUUUUAAAUUUGGAUCAUAACAAGCUGGAAGCGAUUGUAAUGCCUCGGGCCGAGUUUUGUUGCCCAUACUUGGAGAAUCUGAGCAUUGAAGGCAAUGAACUGGAUGAUCUGCCUUCGGAGGUAAAUUCUUUUUUGGAUUUUAAAACGGGCAGGGAUGUUAGAUUUUCAAAUUUGAGUGUUUUUGAAGAAAAAAUUGUUUUUGGACGAAGUGUCACAAAAAUUAAAAAAUUAUUGAUUGCGACGAAAUGUCACAAAAAAUAUUGAUUACAAAAAAACGUUAAUUUUUACAUUUUUAAUCUCAAAAUAUUAUGAAAAGUUGUUUUUUCUGUUUAAAAAUUAAAAAAAAAGUUUUGGGCGAAGUGUCGCAAAAUUUAUUGGUUUUUUAAAAACAGCCAAUUUUUUUUUCAUAGUAUUAAAAAAUUGUGUAACAUAGUUUUUAAAAAAUUUUAGUUUUUUAAAAACAUUUUUUAUGUUGGACGAAAUGUCACAAAAGUUAUUGAUUAUGACGAAAUGUCACAAGAAGUAUUGAUUUUUUUAAAAAUUUUAAUUUUAUUUUUAGCGAUAUUAAAAUGGAUGGUUUUUGAAAAAAAAAAUGAAUUUUGACGAAACGUCACAAAAAUUAUGGAUUAUGACGAAAUGUCAACUUUGAUCUUUUUUAUUCAAAUUUACAGCUCUUCUUGUCAAAACACUUUCCGUCCCUAAAAUCCGCUAAUUUUUGCAAAAACAAACUUCGACGUCUGCCAGGCUCGAUUUGGAAACAUCCAACCCUAAGCGAUCUCAACUUGUCAGACAAUUUCAUUUGUGAUCUCUCAACACCAUCACCCGAACGUUCGCGCCGUGAACCACGACAACGUGGCUCCAGAAACCCUUAUGUGGCCGCUUAUCACUCGAGUCGGGCUAUGGUGGAGAGGAAACGAGAAUCUGAAGCUGAAAAGAAGAGGUUGGAGAGGACGAAGACGGCCGAAGUCGAGAGAAAAGUUGGUGUUAAUGUGCAGAAGAACGAUGUGAUACGGUGAGCCUAAGUUAAUAUACUUACCUUACUCUACCCUACCCUACCCUGCCUUACUUUACUCUACCCUACCCUACCCUACCGUAGACUACCCUACUCUACCCUACCGUACCCUACCGUAUCCUACCCUACUUUACCCUACCUUAUCCUACUCUACCUUACCCAACUCCACCGUAGACUACCCUACCCUGCCUUAUCCUACCCUACCGUACCCUACCGUAUCCUACCCUACCCUACCUUAUCAUACUCUACCUUAUCCUACCCUACCUUACCGUAAACUACCCUACCCUACACUACUCUACCCUACCGUAUCCUACCCUACCCUACCUUAUCCUACUCUACCUUACCCAACUCCACCGUAGACUACCCUACUCUACCCUACCGUAGACUACCCUACCCUACCCUAUCCUUACCGUAUUCUACUUUACUGUACCCUAUCCUUGACGUGUCUUACUCUUGCCGUGCUCUACCCUGAACCUGAUUUACCCUUGCCAUAUCCUACCCUUGCCGUGGGAGCGAAAGGGUUUAAUCCACAGUACAUCCUCUACUUUAUUUAACUUUAAUUUACCCUCCUCUACUAUACCCUACUCUGUGUUACUCCCUAGCCCACUACCAUAUCUUAUCAGCCGGCUCGUCCCCCCCGUCCUUCCCCCUCCCCCCUCCCCGUCCUUCCCCCCCUCCCCCCACCUUAUUCUACCGUAACCUCUGCCUUAUUUUCAGCUCAAAUAUCUGGCAGACGGAGCUCAACAUGGCAGUAGUAGAAGACGACGAAACAGUCAAAGACAUUGACCAGUCGAAUUCCACAAAUUCACUUAAAAAUUUGAAUUUGGCGGGCAAUAAACUCCGCUCCGUGCCAGAAUGUCUGGCCUGCUUUUGUCCAAGACUGACCAAGUUGGAUCUGAGUCGGAACGAUUUAAGCACGCUGAAAUCAGUGGAAUGUUUCCCAGCCACACUCAAGAACCUGAACUUGGCCUACAACAAGUUGGCCAUUAUGUUUCGAAGGGCUGAGGGGGCGGAUCUGAAUUGUUUCGUUCAAAUGAUACUGCCUGAGGAGACGGUACAGCCAGUACAGAGUGUCUCUGUUAGUCGACAUUCUAGUAGGUUUUUUGGAAGGAUAGGGGGGGGGGAGUUCAAAAAGGGGUAGAGGUAGGGGGGAUUUCAAAAAAGGGGUAGAGGUGAGGAUAGGGGGGGGGGAUUCAAAACGUACGAGAGAAGUGAGAGGGGAAGAUUACACGUUACUUUUUCAAAGGCGGGGUAGAUAGUUGAGGGAGGGGUAUAUGGAUGGGAGUAGUUUAGGAAAGGGUUUACUGUAAGAGAAGUGUUAGAGUAGGCUAUGAUAGGGUUAAUAUAGAGAAAGCUGGAGCGGAGGGGGGCCUGACUAUAACAAGGGGUAGGACUUACCUUAGGCUCGGAGAAGGGAAUAAGGUAGGGUAAAGGGUAGGGGUAAAUAGGAGGUCAAAGGGUUGUGGCAUAUUGUACGGUAAGAUAACAGUAAUAAGUACACUAGGGUAAAUUAGGGGUGGAGGUAGAGGCAUGGGUGAGUGUAGGGUACAGUAGGGCAGGGCUGACCUGGGCAGGGAGGGGAAGUGUAGAAGAGGGUAGGGAAGGGUGGGAUAGAGUAGGAUAGGGUAGGGUAGGGUAGGGUGGGAUAGAGUAGGAUAGGGUAGGGUAGGGUAGAGUAGGUUUAAGUCAGAGUAAAAACUGCAAAACUAAUCGACCGCAAGUCGACCAGAACCUUGUUAAAGGGUUUUUAUGUACAUUUCUAUCGGCAUGCGCCGUCUCUGUCCGUGAAUACUACGGAAUACCUGUUGAAAGGCGUGGUCGAGUCGUGUAUAACGACGAAACAUGGGUCCUUGGGUCCGAAUGUCGAACCCACCCGGGCCAAUGCCGUGUCUACGGCUUACUCCCCCUGCGCUAUGCAGGGGACAAAGGCCAAGGUCUUAACUGGGAUGAUGUGGUUCGCGAGCGCAAUGCAAGCGUAUCUAUUAGAAAGGGAACAUGUGUUUUUAUAUUAGGUGCCGACAUAAAGAACCCGCCAUUUUUUAUAGGAAAUUACAUGAAAGGUAUGGCGGGUUCUUUAUGUCGGCACCUAAUAUUAGGUUGUUCACUUAUUUCUGCGCCCUCUCUCAAAGCAAGUUUGUGGGGUAAGGGGGCGCAGAAUUUGUGAACAACCUAAUAUUAGCGAUCCAGUAGUACAGAGGGUACGGUACAAUUUUUUAAUCGUAGUCUUUCAGGAAGCCGAUCAAAAUCAGUAGCCAGAAACCAACAGCGAUCGUUGAGCAUAAUCAGAGCUAACAAAGAAACCGAAAACACUAACCUAUGUUCACAUAAGACUCACUGUCGAUUGGAGAAUCUAAAAACUCUGAAUUUGUCACAUAACAAACUGUCAGCUCUGGACUUAUUCAUCCCAUUCGAAGCCAGGAAUGAAGGAUUGGACACGGUUAACUGGAGGGACAGCAAUGAUCAGGUAGCUAUAGCAGUUGGGAGGGUAGGGUAAAAAACGAUCGCUAGUCAGGUACCUACAGCAGUUGGGAGCGUAGGGUAAAAAAUAAAAAAAUUUUGAUUGGGCAGGGUAAAAAAUGUAAAAUUUUUGGGCGGGCAGCGAAAAAAAUAUUUUUUUUGUUGUGCGAGGUAAAAAAUGUAAAACUUCUAACUGGGCUGGGUAAAAAAAUGGAAAAAUUUUGGACGGACAGGGUAAAAAUGAAAAAAUUUUGGUUGGGCGGGAUAAAAAAUGCAAAAUUUUUUGCUCCGGUAGUCUAAAACAAUGUGAAGUUUUGGUCGGGUAGAGUAAAAAAUGUAAAAUACUAUUUUGAAGUUGUCAUUUCUUCAAAAAUUUCAAAAACGGCCGAAAUUUUAAUUUUUGUAUUGAUCAAGGCUUGACCGGUUUUUUCAAAGUUAGGAAGCGAUAUGAAGUUAUUGUAUAAUUGAAAUAUUGACAAAAUCUGUGCGAUGUUACCUAAUCUAAUGGUAUAAUAAGAUGGCCUAAGAGAAAUUGCAAGAAAUGGUGUUGCGCAACGUUGUCUUACGUAAUAUUGAUGGGUUAUAUAACACUUGCCUCGAAUUUUUAGGAGAUUCAACUAGAAUAGCAUAACAUAAUGUUUUUAUUUAAGUUAAUAUAAUUAUAACAUUUUUAAUUAUUAAAAAAAUUUUAUUUUUCAGUUUCGCCCAUACCUCAUCUUUCCCUCCCUAACAAACCUGGAUUUGUCAUCAAACGAGCUCAAGUCGAUCCCACCAACAAUAUCACUUCUAUCUCAAUUGGCAGUGUUAAACUUGUCUCAAAACAAGACGUUGGAAAAGUUACCGGUCGAAUUGGGUUUACUGGACAAGUUAUGGGGUGUACAACUGAAUGGCUGUGCUCUAAAAGACCCAUUAAAGGGCAUUGUUGGAAAUGGCAACUUCAAAACCAUGGAUUUGAUUUCGUUCUUGAGGCAUGAGCUGGAUAAGUAAGAUUGGGAUUUAUUAUGUUGUGUUUGACGAGAUGCCACAAAAGUUAUUGAUUUUUUAAGUUGAAAGUUUUGAUUUUUUGUUACUUGUAGCGUAAUCAUCAUGGAUUUUCAGUAUUGAAGGCAGUUUUAUCGAAAAAUUUAUUUUUGACGAAAUGUCACAAAAAUCAUUGAUUGUGACGAAAUGUCAAUUUUUACAAAAUUGACUCAAAAUGUUAUAAAAACUAUUUUUAUUUGUUUUUAAUUGAAGACAAAGUUGAUAUAAGUUAAAAUUAUGACUUAUAACGUAAUGCCACAAAAAUUAUUGAUUGUGACGAAGUGUCAAUUUUUAAAUUGUUAACUCAAAAUGUUAUAAAAAGUGUUAUCUUCUGUGUUUUUAUUUGAAGACAAAGUUGAUAUAAGCAAAAAUUAUGGAUUAUAACGAAAUAUCACAAAAAUUAUUGAUUGAGACGAAAUGUCAAUUUUUUUCAAUUUUAGCUCAAAACCGCAUCGAAAGCUAAAAUUGAUGUUACUAGGCCGAUCUGAAGUUGGUAAAUCAACACUAUUAGCUCAAAUGCGAACUGAAGGUCAUGUGGCUAAAAUAUCGCUGAAUUCGGAAAGUUGGGCCGCUAGAAUGGGCCACGCUCCUUCGAAGUCAUUCAGUCGAACAUCGAUGAAGGAUCAACGUAGAGCGCCGCUAGAUAUUGCUGAAUGGAUGUACGAACCGCCUAAAAGUAAUUUUUUUGAACUUUUUGAAAAAUGGCAAGAACUUUCUUUCCAAAACUUGAUUUUUAAAAAUUUUAUGCUUUAUAGAAGAAAUUUUCUUUACAAAAUUAAAAAAUUUUUUUUUGAAAAAUGGCAAGAACUUUCUUUACAAAACUUGAUUUUUUUAAAUUUUUUGAAAAAUUGCAUUUUAGGUUCAAAAACCCUAAAAUCCAAUGGUCCAGUGACAUUUCGUACAUGGGAUUUUGAGAAGCUCCAAAAGAGUCCCAACAAGUGCCACAAGCCUUCCUCUCGCGCCGGUCAAUAAUCCUGGUCGUAUGGAAACUAACCGACGGAGAGAUCGCAAUCAACGAGAUUCACGACUGGUUACUGUCAAUUCAUUCCCGAGCCCCGAAUGCUACAGUAGUCAUCGUGGGUACGCAUUUGGAUGCGGUUCAUGAGAAUAUCCAACGGUUUCCGGAUGAUUAUCUACAGAACUUUGAGAGAACGCUACAGCAAAGAUUCGUAAAUGUGCCGGAUGCUGAUAAGAAAGGCCUGCCGAGGGUGGUGGCAUCAGUAUUUGUGAGUACGAAGAGCCGAAGUAAUGUACAACAACUUUGCGACUUGAUUUACUGUGCUUCUCAACAGGUAUGGUACACUUGUAUUUAAUUGUCAUUAUGCGUUACCCAGUUCUUUGAAUUACAGUAUGUCAUAACCUUAUCAUACAGUAUGUCUUACCCUGGCCUUAAAGUAUGCCUUAUCCUUGCCUUACAGUAUGUCUUACCAUUGCAUUACAGUAUGAAUUACCCUUACUCAAUAGUAUACUUUACCUUUGUUUUACAGUAUAUCUCACUUUGGUUUUACAGUAUGUCUUACCUUUGUCUUACGGUACUUUACGCUUGCUUUACAGUAUUUCUUAUCCUGGUAUUACAGUAUGUCGCACUCUUGCCUUAAAGCAUACUUUACUUUUGCCAUACAGUAUGUUUUACCCUUGCCAUACAGUAUGUUUUAUCCUUGCCUUACAAUAUUCCUCCUCUUUUUCUAGUAAGUACGCUGUACCUUGUGUUCUACAUCUUCCUCUACAUUAAUAUAUAUUGUUACCUUUAUUCUAUUUUAGAUAAAAGCCCUAGGUCGUCGCCAGAAGUUGUUGGAUGAAAAAGUACCAUCUUCGUUCCUAUACCUCGAAAAACUGGUAGUAUCAAUGACCGACGAGUACAGAGGCCGAGGUGACGAACCAAUCCUCAAGUUGGAUGCUCUUUGGAAUCGAAUAUCAGAGGAAUAUCACAAUAGCAAGAUAUCUGGAAGUCAAUCCACAGCUUCGUUGGUAUCCAUCAGUGGACAUGGCAAUGAUAAGCAACGUAAGUUCAUUUGAAAAGCUAGGGUGGUACGGUAGAUCUAGAAGGCUAUAGCGGUACGAUUGAUAAGGUAAAAGUUGGGGGGGGGGUAGGGGGUUGGGUAAUAUAGGACAGGGUAUGGUAGGGAGGGGUACGUUUAUUUCAUAAGGAUAGGGUAGUACGGCAGAUAAAAAAGGGUAUUACGGUAGGUAAGGAAAAAGUUGGGGUAGGGCAGAAGAAACACUUGGUAGGAUACCGUAGGGCCGGGUGGGCAAUGGUAGAAUAAUGUAAAGUGGUGUAACUUAGUGUAGGAUAGGGUAGAAUACUGUAUUGGAGGAUAUCUUAAAGUACUGUAAGUUUGUGCAGGAUAAGACACUGUAGCGCGGGGUACGUUAGGGCAAGGUAAGAUACUGUAGAACAGGGUAGGGUAAGAUAGGGCAGGGCAGGGCAGGGCAGGGCAGGGCAGGGCAGGGCAGGGCAGGGCAGGGCAGGGUAGGGUAGGGUAGGAUAGGGUAGGAUAGCGUAAGGUAGGAUAGUGUAGGGUAGGGCUUCAAUACUGUACGACAGAGUAAAAAACUGCAAAACUAAUCGACCGUAAGUCAACCAGAACCUUGUGGGGCGGUUUUUAUGUACAUUAUUUCCGGUGGGCUAUGCCGUUUUUGUCCGUUAAUGCCUGUUGAAAGGCGUGGUCGAGUCGUGUAUAACGACGAAACAUGGGUCUUUGGGUCCGAAUAUCGAACCCACCCGGGCCGAUGCCGUGUCUACGGCUUACUCCCCCUGCGCUACGCAGGGGUAAAAGGCCAAGGUCUUAACUGGGGUGAUGUGGUUUGCGAUCGCAAUGAAAGCGUAUCUAUUAGCAAGAAAGCGUAUCUUAUUAGCGAUCGAAAAAAGGAAGGAAGAAAUUAGCAUAUGGCUUGGACAAUCGAGUCGGAAGGUUAAGAAAGAAAGGCGAUUUUUAAAGAAAGAGAAUAAGCUAACAAUAUUAUAUAAGCAAAAAAAAAUCUUUUUUGGGGUAUCACAGACCAGAGCCUGGCAGGGACUUUUGGUCUGGGGGCGGGGGUAGAAACAAUUGGCACAGGUAGCUAGCUAUCUGUGCCGAUUUUUUCCAUAAAAUUUUUUUUUCCAAAAAAUCCACAGGGGGGACCAAGUUCAUUUUUUUCAAAUUUUUUUUGGGGGGAGGGGGUGGGGGUGAGGAGGGGGGAGGUUCAGGUUUGAUUUUUUGAGGUAUACUGUGGCUAAAAUUAAGGCUAAAGCUUGAAAACUGGAGAAUGGCUAAGGGUUGGCAUAAGGCUAGGACUAUGCAGUGUUUUGCAGGUCCAAACGGACGGAAACAAAAUUUUUUGCGCGCCGGACCUAAAAAUUUAAAAUUUGAGCCGGGCCGGACCCGAAACUCGCCGGACCGGAUCGGUGAAAAACGCUUCGACCAGUCCGGGCAAAACGCUGGGGUUGUGGCUGAGGCUAGAGCUGGAGCUGGAAAUAGGGACACGGCUAAAAUUUAAAUCAAAAAAUGGCAAAAACUUUCUUUACAAAACAGAAAAUGGCAAGAACUUUUUUUACAAAGCUGAAAAUGGCAAGAACUUCCUUUACAAAGCAGAAAAUGGCAAGAACUUUUAUUACAAAACAUAAAAUGGCAUUUUUUAAUAAAAAAAUUUUUUUUAUAAAAUUUUGAAAUUAAAAUUUUUAAAACUUUUCAGCGAUAACCCGCCGCCUAUUCCGAGACAAGACCGAGUUCCGUCAAGCCAUUCAAUUCCUGCAUGAAAAUGGCGUUAUCAUCUCGUUCGAUGACAUUCAACUUCGUGACUAUGUUUUCAUCGACCCUCCCUGGCUCUACACCGUUCUCCGAAUGGCAUUUGUCAUACCCAACCACAAAUCGACUGCCAGUACGUUAUCGACCACGACCAAUUCGAAUGUCAUUUUAUCGACCAGUGAGCUGUUUCAUCAACUCAAAGCUAACUUGGCUGAGCGAAAAAUCAAAUUUUCAAUGAAAAAUGGCCAUCUUCGUCAAUGUCUACUGCCACUUUUGGCUAGAUUUGAGUUGGCAUUACUGUAUUCACCACGCCAGUUACUAAUAUCACCUUUGUUACCCGAUGAAUACCUGUUAAGGGCCGAUUAUCCUGGGGCGAAAGUGAAAAUUCGCGCGAAAAUCGACAAGUUCCAGCUGAAAUCGACUGUCCUGACCAGUAUGAUGAACUCGGCUAUAGACUUUUUGACCCCAAAAAACUCGGCAAGGCUUGUACAUGGUCGACUGACACGCCAAUUGGGUUAUAAAGCACCAUCAACGCCACGAAUGGCUUCAUCAACGGCGUCCGUCGAUGAAAAAGUUGAAGAUUUAGGCAACGAUUUCAAGGUGGAGGCCAAACAAACGGUAAGAACUUUGUUUACAGCGAAUGAAGUGAUGAAAAAUUUCUUGAUAAGGGUUGAAACGGCAAGAACUUCGUUUACAAAACAAAAAAUGGCCUUUAGUGAUCAAAACAGAUGUCCAUCGUAUAACUUGUCACUCGCAGGCUGCAGAACACUAAAUUUUAGUUUCAGUAUUUGGAAACGGCAAGAACUUUCUUUACAAAACAAAAAAUGGCAAGAACUUUCUUUACAAAGCAAAAAGUGGCAAGAACUUUGUUUAAAAAAGAAAAAAUGGCAAGAACUUUCUUUACAAAACAAAAAUGGCAAGAAAUUUUUUUAGAAAUUAAAAAAUAGCAAUAACUUUCUUUACAAAAAAAUGGCAAGGACUUUCUUUACAAGACACAAAAUGGCAAGAACUUUGUUUACAAAUCAAAAAAUGGCAACGACUUUUUUUCCAGGACCUCUACCGCCGCCUCUUCCAAAUGCAGUACGUUCCCCCGGGCUUCUGGCCACGCCUAACGACAAGACUACUAAAUGAUGACAAACUAUGUCAAAUCAUAAGUAACCUCUUCAUCGUGAACGAAGACUCGGUGCUGAUGAACGACUGCGCCCUCUACAGCGAGAUCUUCGAGGCUUUGAAUUCGGAAAAGUCGGAUUUAAAAGGCGGAUUCGAGUUUUUGCUAUGGCAAACGGGGGUGGAGACACUCUUCUUCAACUACUUCUUAAUGUCCGUCAAACAGUUCCUACCAUUGGCCAAUGUUAGAGAUACGAAUUACUCUGUAAGUGAACUGAAGGUGAGAGGUGAAGAUGGUGUUUGGAGGAAGAUAAGCUUGGAAAGCGACUUCAUCGUGGAACUACUGGUACCGUUGUAUAAGGUAAGGGCUACAAAAUGCUUUGUAAAGAAAGUUUUGUCAGUGUGAGACCUAAUCUUUCAGGUUGACAUUACCUACAAAGGAGUAGACUACACAAUAACGACCUGCCCAAAGCAAGCUACCAAGUUCCUAGCUUCUGUAGUCGGUAUCAUCGACGACCUUCUGGAGGACUGGUUCCCUUCAUUAGGAACAAGAUUUGUCCAUUCUUCGGAUGGUCAAUUACUGGUCGACCGAUUGAUUCCGUGCUCAAAAUGUGCUAGUGCUCAAGAGAGAGCAGAGAAACAGUGGAGACGGUAGGGGGUUUGAAAUUUCAAAAAAUUUAAAAAAUGGCAAGAACUUUCUUUACAAACAAGAAAUGGCAAGAAUUUUCUUUAAAAAAUAAAAAAUGGCAAGCACUUUCUUUACAAAAUACAAAAUAGCAAGAACUUUCGUUAAAAAAGAAAAAAUGGCAAGAACUUUCCUUACAAAACAAAAAAUGGCAAAACUUUCUUUACACCCUCGAAAUCGUCAAAAAAUACCUAAAAUUAAAAAAAAAUUUUUUUUUCCAAAAUCGAAAUCUUAAUUUUUCUUUACAAACAAGAAAUGGCAAGAAUUUUCUUUAAAAAAUAAAAAAUGGCAAGCACUUUCUUUACAAAAUACAAAAUAGCAAGCACUUUCUUUACAAAAUACAAAAUAGCAAGAACUUUCUUUACAGAACAAAAAAUGGCAAUAACUUUCUUUACAAACUACAAAAUAGCAAUAACUUUCUUUACACCCUCGAAAUCGUCAAAAAAUACCUAAAAUUAAAAAAAAAUUUUUUUUUCCAAAAUCGAAAUCUUAAUUUUUUUCAAAUUUCAGUGACCGCAAGACCUCAGAUCCAGAAGAAAAGACCCCAAUCCAUCUAUUCUCGGUCGAAGAAUGCAUUCUGGCCAUUUACGACGAAAAGAACGCUCAAUAUGGCCUGCCGAAGAACCUUCGACCAGCCGAACCGACCAAAAUCGAAUGUCCAAUCCACGGCAAAUGCGAGUUAGAAGCCUUGGCUCCAGAUGUCUGCUUCGAAGACCUGAAUCCGGACUUUGCAAUCGAUGUUACGGCUAUCAAGAGAGGCAAACUUCUCGGCCAAGGCGCUUUCGGAUCGGUUUAUAGCGGAUUCUUCAAAAUGAACAAUGUAAGGUUGAAAAUGUUUUUGAUUUUUCUUGGUCGAAAAGUUUGUGGAAAACUCAAUUUUUUUUAUUUUUUGGUCGAAACGUUUAUAGAAAACUUAUCUUUUAUCAUUUGUCUUACUAAUCUUGCAAAGGUUUUGUAAUUUAGAGAUUUUCGGACAUUAACCUAGACAUCAGUAUGAUGUCAAUGUUAAUAUCGCCAACUUUAUGAUUUUAAGCUAUUUUAUGAUCGAUCUUGGGCUUAAAAGUAAGAUAAUAGUCUUGUCUUCAAAGCAAGUUUGGUUUUGGACUAAUAAUUAGACGUUUUACUAACGAUUUCGUGAGAUUUAUAUUACACUUGGGUUCAACUUCAAGUCAAGGUUAAUAACUUGGUCUUUUGAAUAAUUUUAUGUCUUAUCUUCGAUUUGAAAGUUAUAUAAACGUGUUAUAUUUCUAUUUUUGUUCUAUCAAUUUUGUUACUUUGUCUUACCUUUUUCUUGAGAUUUAUAUUACACUUGGUACCUACUUGAAGUCAAGGUUAAUAUCUUUGUGUUUUGGACACCUUAUUAGUCGCUUUUUGAUUUAAAAGUUAGAUAAAAGUCUUGUCUUUACUAUGGUUUUUAUUAUAAAUGGUAAACUUGAUGUCUUCCUAUCGAUUCUUUGAAAUUUAUAUUACACUUGCCAUCUAGUGAAGUCAAGGUUAAUAUAUCUGUGGCUUUGAUAGUGUCAUGGCGGAUUUUGUACUCUAAAGCAAGUUAAAAGCCUUGUAUCUAUUAUUUUUUAUAUUAGAAAUUGUUAACUACGUUUUCGUAUCUGUUUUUUGAGAUUUAUAUUACACAUGACACCUAGUUAACUCAAGGUUAAUAUCGAAGUUUUGGCUGUUCGAAACAAGUUACUAUGUGCUUAACAGUAGGUUUAUAGUAGUGCUAAAGACCAUACAUUGCUUUUGGAUCAUUAUUUCUAGGUUUUUCUACCUAAUUUUCAAGUUGUAAUGUCGGACCCUUAAUAUAUUACACUUGCCUGUUUUUCUUGUUAAAAUUACUAAAAAAUGCUUUCAGAGUGAAGUCUAUGACGAAGUAGCCUUAAAAAUCCUCGAACCAAUAUCAGAUGAUCCUCAACAACGAAUCCGAGUGCCAUCCAAUCAAGCAGAUCGCCUCGAAUCCGUGGCCAAAUUUUAUUAUGUAGCACGACAAGAACUGAACAUGCUCUGUGACCUCCAGCACCCCCAUAUCACCGUUUUGGUCGGCUUUUCCCGACCCCCUAUCACACUGUUAAUGGAGCUAGCACCACAUGGAGCGCUGGACCAGAUGUUGGCUAAGUACAGGAAGAGUGACACGAGAUUGGCACCGGAAACGCUUCAGGCAACGUGUGGCCAACUCGCCAAAGCUUUGGAGUUCCUACACUCGAAUCAUAUCAUCUACAGGGAUCUAAAAGCGGAAAAUGUACUCGUCUGGAGAUUUCCAUUGCCCAGACAAAGGAUUGUCAAUUAUAAUAGUGCUGGUGGGGGUGGAUUACCAGGUAAAAUACGCUUUUUUGAACAUCUUCAUAACAAAACUCGGUUUUUUGACAAUUUUUAGGUAAUAAUGUAAAAAAAAUAAUGCCAAAAAUAAAAAAAACACUUUUUAUCGUGAAUGUUAUAUGGAAAUGACAUUUUUGAGGUUUUUGAGUAGUUUCUCCGCACUAACCCUGAAAUUCAGGGUUUUCGUGGUGGGACCGAAAAGUUGAGUUAAAAUACGUUUCCUUUUUAUCCAAAGUAGAAAACCGAUUCUGAAAUGGUGUAAUACGAUUUUAAACAUUAUUAGGUUUUGGUUAUGGGCUUAAACCUACUAAAAACAAUUUUAGGCUUAAAAUGCUGCCUUUUUAUUUUUAGGCUUAAAAUUACGUUUAAGAUAUAGAAUUGGAUUUUAAACUUUAUUAGGCUUAAGAUAUAGGCUCGUAGGUGUCAAAAAACUAUUUUGGGCUUCAAACAUAGAUUUUUUAUUUUUAGGCUUACGAAAUAGAUUUGCGAAUUUUUAGGCUUAAAUUAUGAGUUCAAAUACUAUAAUAGCUAUUUUAGGCUUAAGAUUGUUGUAUUUGUUGAAUUCUAGUCUUUAUUUUUUUAAACUGACAAUUUUUUUAGGUCCUGUUGCGAAAACCCUGAAUUUCAGUAUUUUCGGCUAAAAAUUGCAAAAAUGACAGAAAACUGCCAUUUUAUGUUUUUAAAAAUGAUUUUAUAUUUAAAAACUUAAUUUUUUUAAAUUUUUAGGUCAAUUCGGUAAUACAGUAAGCACCUACGGCUCAAUGAUGAUGAACAGUAACGUGCACGUAAAACUCGGCGAUUACGGUAUCAGUCGCUUCAGCUACCCACUGGACGUCUGCAAAGGCUACGGCGGAACCGAAGGCUUCAUGGCGCCGGAGAUCCUGAAGUUCAACGGUGAGUUCGAGUACACGGAGAAGGUGGACUGCUACUCGUACGGUAUGUUCGUAUACGAACUCAUCACCCUACACCACCCGUACGAUGGGCACGAGCAAAUGAAGGACUGCAUCUUCGAAGGGCAACGUCCCAUGGUCAACGAGAAGGACAUACUGUGCCCGAGCAACGUGCUCGACCUGAUGGUGGCGUGCUGGGCGGAUUCGGCUUCGACACGACCCUCGGCUUCAGACCUGGUCACGAUAACUUCGGCUCCAGAAUUCGCUCAUCUGGCCGAUGUGGCUGUGCUUCAGAAUGACGAGAUUACGAAUCUGUGUACCAUGGUUAAUAUCGACGAUACCGCGCAGUUGUGGCUAGCCAAACAGAAUGGCGAUUGUACUGUAAUGUCACUGAAUCAGUUUGGAUGGAUCGAGAACGAGAAUAUCAGUGAGAUCAGGUCGAAACAGGUCACGGCGAUGGCUGAAGUCGCCAAUAUGGUGUGGAUUGGGAAUGCUGUGGGAGAGAUUACUGUUUAUUGGUGGGUUUUAAGUUACAUAAUUUGUGCGAUGUUACCUAAUUUAAUGAUAUAAUAAGAUAGCCUAAGAGAAAUUGUCAGGAAUCGUGUUGCGCAACGUUUUAUUAUGUAAUAUUGAUGAUUUAUAUAACACUUGCCUCGGUGUAAAACGACCCAACAAAUUACUGCGAGUGUUGGGAUUUGGCUCUGAAUUACUCCGAGGGGUUAUAUAAGGAAUGGUAGCAAAAAUUAAUUUUUUAGAUCAAAAGAUUUUUUAGAUAAAAUGUACUAAGGCUUAUGUUUGCGACAUUUAAUUGGCUUUUAAACCUUAUUAGGCUUAAGAUAUAAGCUUGAAGAUAUCAAAAAAAAUUUUUGUCUUAAAAAUAGGGUUUUUUUAUUUUUAGGCUUACAAAAUAGGCUUAUGGAUUUUAAUAAGCUUAAGUUAUGACUUUCUUAAUUAUAAGUUUAAGCCUUUCAUGUCUAAGCUUACUAAUACUAAGCCUACUAAGCCUAAGCCUACUAAGCCUAAGCCUACUGAGCCUAAGCCUACUAAGCCUAAGCGUACUAAACAUAAGCUUACUAAGCCUAAGCUUACUAAGCCUAAGCCUACUAAACAUAAGCCAACUAAGUCUAAGCCUAACUUUACUAAGCCUUAACCUACUAAGCCUAACCUACUAAGCCUAACUUUACUAAGUCUUAACCUACUAAGCCUGCUAAGCCUAAGCAUUCUACGCUUUUGCCAAGACAGGAUAAGGUAGUGAAGGGCAGGGUAGGGUAAACCAACUUAUAGUAGAGCAACGUAUUUUCAAAAUAGACCCAUGUAAACAAAGUUACGACCAACUAAAAGUCAUUAUAAUAUAAAUUUCAGCCCCUCCACCUACUUAGAACAAGCUUCCUUCCAAAUCACCUCUAUCGACCCUCAGUUUGCCAAACUUAACACAGCCAAAACAAUUCGUUCCAUCAAAUUCUACUCCAACUCUAAUACCGUACUCAUCGCGCUACCACAGUACGUCCUACUAUGCUCGACUCAAAAUGGCACUCUACCUCAACAUUGUGUUACCAUAGCGUCGGAUGAGAUGGUACACUCGGCGAUACUACUGGAGAAUGGUUCAGAUUUUCAAAUUUGGACUGGUCAUGAUGACGCUCGAAUUGUGACACAUUAUGUCGUGAAAGCGACAUCCAAGUUGUUGUACUCGGCUUCAGUACAUCAUCCGAAUGCUAAUGGUGAAGGUACACCAACUGCGCCCAGAGUCAAAUUUUUGGUACCAAGUCAGCGGUAUGGUACUGUCAGUACUGGUGGUGCAGCUGGAAAUAGUGGUUAUGUUAUUUUUGGGUCAAAUCCAAUUUUUGGUACUAGUACCAACUUCGGUACAAGUGGUGCACAUGGUACUGCUGGUACUCAUGGUAGUGGAAAUACUAAUGAUAGUAGCAGUUCUCAUGGUUCUAGGAAGAUUUUUGGCUCAAAUUUAAUUUUUGGUACUAGUGGUGCACAUGGUGCUACUGGUAGUGGAUCUACCCAUGACGCUGGUAAUUCAAGUAGUACUGGUACGCCAAAUGCUUCUGGGGCCACAACUUCAGCUAACACUAGUUACUCAGCCAGUACUAAUGGUACCAUGGUCUUCACCACCCUAGAAAACGAUGGUCGCGUCUUUCAAUGGCAGAAUGGUACCGUGAAGAAAACGCUGGACUGUACCAGAAUCCUACCAGUCAGCGAGUCGUUGUCAUCAAUGUUCGAAAGUGAUGACAUCUCGACCAAAAAGUGCAAAGUCACAGCGAUCGAACUAAAAAGCGGUACCAACAUGGAGCACCUACUGGUUGGUACCCAAAAUGGUGUACUAAUUGUGAUGGAAGCGGAGAGUUUGGCACCAUUGACCAGCUUCCGGACCUUUGAAUGGGCUGUCGAGACGAUUUUGGCACCAAUAACGGCGUGGUACCCGAGGGAAGAGGUCCAGAAACAUGAUGAACAACACUUCUUUGUUACCAUCGGGAAGAAGUACAGGUGGGUUAGGCUUAUUAGUACUUUUAGGCUUAUGGAAAAAAGUUUUAGUUUUGUAGGCGUAGCUUGAAUAGGCUUGGGUCUUGGAUGAAUAGGGUUAGAAUUAGUAGAACUAGACUUAAUAAGUUUAGGCUUAGCCUUUGUAGGCUCUAUCUUGGUAGGCUUAGACUUUAGGUUAGCAGAUUUGGAGUUAGUAGGACUAGGCAUAGUGUGUUUAGGUUGAGUUUAGGCUUAUGAUUCUGUGCCAUAACAGGGUUGAGUAUAUUAGAUUUAGGCAUGGGCCUGAUAGGAGUCAACCUAGGCUUAGUAGGCUUAGGCUUAGUAAGCUUAGGCUUAGUAGGCUUAGGCUUAGUAGGCUUAGGCUUAGUAGGCUUAGGCUUAGUAGGCUUAGGCUUAGUAGGCUUAGGCUUAGGCUUAGUAGGCUUAGGCUUAGUAGGCUUAGGCUUAGUAGGCUUAGGCUUAGUAGGCUUAGGCUUAGUAGGCUUAGGCUUAGUAGGCUUAGGCUUAGUAGGCUUAGGCUUAGUAGGCUUAGGCUUAGUAGGCUUAGGCUUAGUAGGCUUAGGCUUAGUAGGCUUAGGCUUAGACUUAGUAGGCUUAGACUUAGUAGGCUUAGGCUUAGUAAGCUUGGGCUUCGUAGGCUUAGGCUUAGUAGGCUUAGGCUUAGUAGACAAGUGUGAAUAGUUUAAAAUUUGAUUUUUUAGAAAUUUGGUGAAGCGUCUAGCCCCAAAUGUCACAGAAACAGUAAUGGAAUUGGCAGAAAGGGACGAACAAGAUGAGAAUGUUAACUUUGCUAUAGUUUGGCAGGGUGACAGUUGGACCUAA